GAUAUAUCAUGGAAAGAACGUGUGAUAUGCUGGCAUUGACCGCAUUUGCAUUCACAAUGGCGAUGUAUGUGUGAGUGCCUGGCGGUGCUGAAUACAUCACUGAGUGUGUGUCAUACAUAGCCCUACAGUGGUUGGUUGUGGAGCGGAGACAGGUCAAAUCCUCGUUUCAAGGUCAAGUGAUUACAAAGGGACAAUCAAUGAUGAAACCAUGAUGUAGACUAACUAACAGUGAAGUCGACCAAGGCCAUGUUUACAAACAUGAUCUCACUGGGGACCCCUGUGUUUCUGAUAGCAUUACUCCUGCUCCAGUCAUCAACGCCCUCUGUCAGCAACCCCCAGAGCAGCGAGGAUUAUAAAGCGACCUCUACCGGUGAUGGGGUAGUAACUGCCAGAAAGGUGAUGAUGUUUAUGUUCGACGCCUUCCGGUGGGACUACGCGGAAAUGCCGGGCCUUACAGGCUUUCCGCGUCUCUUCAAAAAUGGCGUCCGUGCUGAAUACAUGCUGUCUGAGUUUCCCACUGUGUCCUGGCCAAACCAUUACUCAAUCACCACAGGUCUUCACGUUGAAAAUCACGGUUUAAUUGACAAUGAAAUAUACGACCCUGUCCUGAAAGAAAUAUUCAAACCUGUCAAUGAAAAUUACUACAAGCCUCACUGGUGGAAUGGAGGUGACCCCAUCUGGAUCACGGCAACUAGGCAGGGUUUGCGGGCUCAUAUGUACUAUUGGAUUGGUGGCGAUGUGGAAAUCCGUGGUCUGCGUCCGGAAUGGUGGCGCCCUUACACGGAUAGGAAUAUUUCAGGAGCUGGACCAACAUACUUCAACUUCACCCGAGAUAUCGACCAAGCUAUCAAGCUGUUUAAGAAUGACAGUGUGGAUUUAGUUGGACUAUAUCUCGACCGUCCAGAUUACUACGGCCACGAGAACGGGACAAUGUCCAUCGCACUGAACAAAACCGUUCAUGACUGUGAUAAGGUCAUCAACCACUUGCUGGACCAAUUAGAAGUCAACAAACUCGAUAAUGUGGUUGACGUUCUCAUCUUCUCGGAUCAUGGAAUGGAGAAUAGAAGUUUUGACAAACGCAUCUUUCUCGAGGAUUACAUAAGCAAGGAAGACUGGAAUAAGUCGCUGAUUCAAGGAAUCGGUGGUGGGCCACUGGUUGGACUCUGGCCUAAGCCUGGCUUGAAGAAAAAGCUUUAUGGUACUUUCAAAGAUCGCCACCCAAACAUGACAGUAUAUUACAAGGAGGACUUGCCUGAAGACGAUUACUGGCACCUGAAACACAACAGGCGGACACCACCCAUCUUACUAAGGGCUGAUCUUGGCUGGUAUAUCCUUAAGCCUGUUAACUAUACGUGGAACUUUACGGUGGGAGGGAGCCACGGAUAUGAUAAUCACUACAAAGACAUGCGAGCAAGCUUUUUUGCCAUUGGCCCACAUUUCAAGAAAGGCUACCUGGCUCCAUCAUUCCCAAACGUCGACGUCUAUCAAAUACUUUGUAAAAUACUUGACCUUGACCCUUCACCUAACAACGGGACUUGGAGUCACGUGGCAGGAAUGCUAGUCCCUGGAAACUGGAAUAAAAUGAUCCGGAUUGAUGCAAAGACGAAAUCGAACUAUAUAUCUAUGAUGAACAAACAAUUGAUGGCCUUCGCGGCUGUGGUUCUCAUGUUUCUGAUGUUAUAACACAGGCCGACGAUAGCUUUUUGUGGAUAUGACUUCCCAAGAGUUCUCCAGUGUCUCGGGCAAGUGUCCGCGGCAGCCAUUCUGCGGCAAUUAAUGCGUAGUGUUAGUGACUGCAUUGAAUGACUGAUGAUCCGGGCCAAUGAUCUUCCUAACAGGGGGUUGAGAUCAGGGAUUAAUCACGGAUCCUUAUUCGUAUGCGGAUAGAAAUGUACACCAAAUUCGUCCUUUUUCUGGAUGGUUUAAUCCAUACGCAUGGUAUACCUAAAGGAUCAUUCGAUAAGCCGCUGCUCACAACCUCCCUGUCGUGGCGAGGACUGCUACUUAUCACUUAUAACAGAUGAAUAGUAAACUCCUCUGCAAGUUCAAAAUUGUCUAAUUGUCCCAACGUGAUACUACAUGGUGUAUUGUUUAUAUCGCCUUUUAACGUAAUACAUGUCUGUUACUACUUGUAUUUGUCAUCUUCAUCGUCUUGUGGGGAUUAUAAAAGUACAGGAUGACCUUGUCGUCUCAAGUCCCCGGUU